UAUGGCGGGAUCCGACUACAGCCCUAAAAACGAAUAAUCACAAGAGCCCUAAACCCUCUCCUCGUUCUCCCGCUCCCCUUCUCCAAUCCCUGCCGAUCUCUCCGUCCGGACAAUAAUGGCGGCCUCCUUGGACGAGGCGAAAGCGAAGAACAUCCUCCGCCAGGUGGAGUUCUACUUCAGCGAUAGCAAUCUCCCCCGAGACAAUUUUCUAAAGAAAACCGUGCAGCAGAGUGAGGAUGGAUUGGUGAGCCUGGCUCUCAUAUGUUCCUUCUCUCGGAUGAAAAGCCAUCUUGGUUUGAACGCCGCUGUGAAGCCCGAGGAUGUGCCGGAGGAGACGGUACUGGCAGUGGCUGAAGUUCUGAGGAGGUCUUCUUCUCUCCGAGUCUCGGAAGAUGGGAAGAGAAUUGGCAGAAGUACUGUGCUGUUGGAGCUGGAGGAGGUUUUAGAGCAAGUGGAUUCAAGGACUAUUGCUGCAUCCCCUUUUCCUUAUGAUGUUAAGCUGGAAGAUGUAGAGUCUUUGUUUGCACAACAUGGGAAGGUGAACAGUGUGAGGCUACCUCAUCAUGUUGCAGACAAGAGGCACUUUUGUGGCACUGCUUUAAUUGAAUUUUCAGAAGAAAUUGAUGCAAAAAUGGUUUUAAAGGAGAGCAUGGUUUAUGCGGGAGCAGAGCUAGAAUUAAAACCAAAAAAGGAAUUUGAUGCUGAAAGAGAGAAAAAGAGGGCUGAAUUCGAAAAAACUUGCUCUAACAAAAAUGCUUCAAAUAGAAGCUAUCCAAAAGGCCUAAUAGUUGCAUUUAAGUUGAAGAGCAUGCAAGUUGAUGAAUCUACAGAACAAAAAGGUGCUGGCAAGGUGACUGAUACCACUGAAGGUUGCAAGACAGAAAUUUUAAAUUCCUCUGAAAGUGUCAAUGAAGAAGGUGCACAGAAGAUAUUAGAUAAUUUUAAUAACAAUGAGGAGAAACUUUCAGAUGAUGCAUCGGAAAAUCACAUGCAAGCAAUUGAAGAAGUGGGUACAGGUGAUGGUGCUGAAGAGAGUAAAGAUGAUGGUACCAAUGGUUCAUCAGGCAAAACUGUAGUUACACGGGAAGAUCUGAAACAGGUCUUCGAGAAAUUUGGAAUUGUUAAGUUUAUUGAUUAUAGAAUGGGAGAAGAAUCAGGAUACAUUCGUUUUGAGGAUUCUGAUGCCGCUACAAAAGCUCGUGCAAUGGCAGUGCUUGCAGAAGAAGGUGGUUUGAUCGUGAAAAAUUAUAUUGCAACCUUAGAAGCCCUGACUGGUGAUGCUGAAAAGGAGUACUGGAACCUGCUCCGUGGUAAUCAGGAGAGAUUCAGGGAAAAUAAAGGCAGCAAGGGAAGAGGGGUUAAAAGCAGUAGAGGUGGGAGGCAUUUUGGUGGCAAGCGUGCCCGCCAAAAAGAUUCAGCUGACAGGGAAUCUAAUAAAGCUCAGAAAGUUGGUGCUGCUGCAUGAGUUUUCGAAACCACUCCUACCGGGAUAGCUCCUUGUAGAUGACAGAUUUUGCUUGUAGUCUGCAUUAUGAAGCAGUUAAUCUCCCAUAGUUUGUGUGGGUAUAUGUCUUUAAAUUUAAAUAAGACAUGGAUUGUGCUUAAUAAGACCCUAAGUUAUAUUUUACAUUUUACUUUGUUGCAUAAGUUAUUACGGAGCAACCUUAUCAUCGUGCUAAAAUCUACUCAAAUUUUUAAUGCUUAAAUUAUAGCAAAAUAUAAUACUAUACUAUUUUAUUU